CUAAGAAAAAGCAGAAAUUGAAGCAGGAUAGGGUGACCAGCAGUGCUCCUGCUCUGCGCUCGGGACGCGGAGCUGAGGCGGCGGCGCUGGCCUGAGGGGCGAGGGAGAGCAGCGCCUGCUGGGCCUCAGGCCCGAUGAGCAGCGACCUUCCCGCUCCGCCAGCAGCGAGCCCCCUCAGGCCUUCCCGGCCAUCCUGCCCGGGCCCUGCUGCCCUCAGCGAGCCCACCCGCUUCGCCUGCCGCGCUGCGCCGGAGAGAUUCGCCUUCCUUUCCCUCAGCCACGUCAUGAAGGCAAAGGAGAGCUCACUGCAUUCUCAAGUGCCUUUGGUGCUGUGCCUGGAAAUUUUGGAGUUCCUGGGCAUCUUCUUAAUGUGAGAAAGGCUCUGACCAAGCCAGGGAAAGCCCUGCAGAGGUUUUGAACAACUUUGGUUUUUGUGACAAUGGAAUUUUUCCUCCCCACGAUGGCAAGAAAGAACCUCUUCCUCAGCCUCCUGCUCUGCUACAGCCUGUUCAGAGCUGCUGACUCCCAUUUGGUCAUUGAGGAGAAGACAGAAUGCAACCUGUCCAGGAGGAGCAAAAUGGACCUCUCAGAUCUUCCACCCAUCUCCAUAGUAGAUUUAACUAGAAAAUCCCAGAAAGUCAGCAGGAAAGAGGCAGAGAACAAGAAAUCUUCCAAGAAAAAUGCUAAACGCAAGGUAUCUCCAAAGCCAAGGCCCCCACCAGCUGCUAACUGUGUACCAACCUUCAAAACCUGCAAGCCACACUUGAAUUCCUGCUGUCACUACUGUGCUUUGUGCAAAUGCCGAAUUUUCCAGACGAUCUGCCAGUGCCUGAUGUUAAACCCCAAGUGCUAAGCCAAGUCAGAAAC